GGUUGGAAGAGGGUUCUGGUGUCCGGCCUGGCUCUGGGGGGUUGCCUGGGGGAGUGGACAUGGCGCUGCUGUCCCUCUGCUUCCCUGAGCCUGGCCUCCCCGUGACCCCCGGCCUGUCUGCUCAUCAGGUUUCUCACACACAGAGCCCCCUGCCCCCUGCCCGAUAGAAGGCUGGGGGCCGUGCCCCUCCUUCCAGACCCGGGGGAGGGAGCAGACCUCGGGUCCCUUUCCUGGGUCAGGCGGGGACGGGGCAGCUGCAGUCCUGGUCCUGGAGCCUGGAGCGCUUCCACGUCUGGUGCCCCACCUGGACCCUCCCAGACCGUGUGCCCCGGGGAGAGCUGCGGCAGCGGUCAGCGCCCCGCCGUCCUCCUCUCCUGGGCACCCGGUCCCGUUAGACACCUGAGCACGGGGGCUGGGAACGCAGUUCCGUCAGCCCUGAGCGCGGGUGUGCGUGCUGGUCCCCGCUCCAGGCAGGCCUGCGUGAGGCAGAAAGAUGGCGUCCUUUCCAGUCGUCCAAUCUGGGAUGGGCGGGGUCCGGCCUGCUCCUCGGAGGUCACGCACACGGUGUGCCCCUGCUGGGCCCCGGCUGGCCGGACAGUGCUCGCCUCCGGAUUCUCACUCCCGCCACCCCCAAGGGCUCGAGAGUGAACGGGAAAAUGGGGGCGGGGGUAACGUCCUGGCUGCAGCGAGGCGAGCCUUCUACCGCACGAUCGCGCCCAAAAGGAAAACUUGGGUUCUCUCGUUCCAGGCUCCCGGCCGGGCCCACGCUCCGCCCCACCCUGAGGCGGGUGGCCCCCCGCAGGCCCAGACCCCACUGCUCCCCUGCACCUGCACAGGUGUCCCGGGAGGCAGGGGAGGGCCUGGCGGCAGGGACCCGUUGUGCCUUCACCACGUGGGCCCGUCCACUGGCAGCACCUGCCGGACACAGGUGAGAGGUGCGCACAUCUGGGCUGGCAGGAAAAGGAUGAGGAAUGGGGGGCCUGCGGGGACGUAUGGGCUUGGGGAGCCGUGUCCGGCUGCUAGGCCCCCUGGCUUGGAGUGGUCCUCAUUAGUAGCCAGGGGUGUGGAGAAGGGCCCUGGCUGUGGGCUGCGCGGCAGGUUCACGGUGCCAGGUGAGAGACGGUGACACACAGGGGUUUGUUACCUGCAGCCAGGCAGCGAGGGGCAGCGAGGGGCGGCGGGGGCCUGGGACUCCCCUGGGGCUGGGGACAGCCGCCGGGGCAGCUAACAUCUGUCUGCUCCUGUGCCUGGCUCGCGCUGCGGCUGGAGGAUCCAGCGGUGCAGCCUGGCCUGGGUCUCGGGGCCCGGUGGGCACGGAACCCGCUGAGCUAAAGCACCACAGGCUGCCCUGUUGGUACGGGCGCUGGGACAGCCCAGGCUGUCGUCUGAGCAGCAUCCCUGCCAGCCCAGGUACGUGUCCUGCCCUGGGCCUCCCUCUGCCGCGGGUGGCCUGGGUAGCUCUCCAAAAACCCAUUUUUUUGCUUUAUUUUAUUUUGAAAGAUAGAGAGUGAGUGAGCCGGAAGCCAGGAGCUCCAUCAGGUCUCCUGCGUGGGGGAGGGACCCACCUACUUGAGGCCGCGCCCAGCUGCCUCCCAGCGUGCACAGUGGCAGGAAGCUGGAGCGGAGAGUGGAGCUGGGCCUGGGCUGGGCCCUCCAGCACGGGCCUUCCCGAGUGGUGGCCCAACCACAGUGCCACACAGCCCUUGAGGAUCUCCCAGGCUGUUCCCCAGCAGCCUCCAGCAGUACGUCCCGCGAGCAGCAGGGGGGCCCGGUCUCUGUGUCCUCAUCCCUGACCCCUGCCUGUUUGCGGCUGAGAAUCUGGCCGCUGCCGAUGUGCGCAGCAGAGCCUGGUCGCUGGUCAGCGGUCACGGUUUGUAUGUGUGCAUCACUGCCCAUGGGACUCGGUGCUGCUGAGACCAAGGAGAUCCAGAGUGCUCAUCCUUUUUUCCCCCCAAAUUUUAUUUUAUUUCUUUGAAUGAGUGACAGAGAGGGAGACACACACAUACGCACGCACGCACACACACACAGCUUCCAUCUGCAAGUUCCCUCCCCAAAGUCUGCAGUGGCUUGCGCUGGGCCAGGCGCCUAGAAGCCCACUUGGGUCUUCCAUCAUAGGUGGCAGGGGCCCAGGCACUCGGGCGUCCUCUGCUGUUUCCCAGGUGCAUUAGCAGGGAGCUGGACCGGAAGUGGAGCAGUCGGGACUAAAUCUGGCCAUCCAGUAUGGCACGCUGGUGUUGCAAGUGGUGUCAGCCCGCAGCAACACAACACCAGCUUCUCAACUGUUUAAAGAUUUUUUUAUUUACUUAAAAGAGUUAGGGAGAGACAGAGAGUUUCCAUCCACUGGUUCACUCCCCCUAUGGCUACAAAUGACUGCAGCUGCGCUGAUCGGAAACCAGGAGCCGGGAGCUUCCUCUGGGUCUCCCACGAGGGUGCAGGGGCCCAAGGACUUGGGCCCAUCUUCUACUGCUUUCCCAUAGCAGAGAGCUGGAUCAGAAGUGGAGCAGCCGGGACUUCAAACCGGCCCUCCUGGGAUGUUGGCAUCUCAAGCAGUGGCUUAACCUGCUGCACUACAACUCUGGCCUCCGAUUCUCUUAAAAAUCUUCUGAAACUAAAAUUCCGAGGCGAGCAUUGCGAUGCAGUGACAUAGCUGCCGUUUGCGACGCACGCAUCCCACGGUUUGGGUCCCGGCUACUCCGUGUUUCCUCUCUAGCUUCCUGCUAACGCAUCUCAGAGGCAGCCUGUGAUGGCUUCGGUGCUUGGCUGCCUGCCACACCCGUACCCGGCCCGGAUGGAGUUCUGAGCUCGGGUUCCAGCCUGCACAGCCCUGGCUCAUCGUGGGCCUCUGCGGGUCAGUCAGUGGCGGGCAGGAGCGUGUGUGUCACUCGGAUGGAGUUCUGAGCUCGGGCUCCAGCCUGCACAGCCCUGGCUCGUCGUGGGCCUCUCAGGGUCAGUCAGUGGCAGGCAGGAGCAUGUGUGUCACUCGGCCUGCCAGGUAGAGGAAAGCAAGCAAACGUACAGAAAAAGCCGGAGCCAGUUGCUUCGUGUCCCCUGUCAGCACUGCGUGCAUGUGCGUCUGUCCGCUGCGGCUACCCGAGUCCUGGGGUCCUGGUCUGUCUCCGUGACCGGCUCGUUGCGGUGACCUGCGGUUCUCGGGGUUUAUUCGGGGCAAGCAAGCUGCCUUCCUGCCGAGCUCCUCUGUCACCCCCUGCCCUCCCUGCGCCUCCCCAUGCUCGGCGCCUCCCCUCAGACAGGUGCCCUGGCAUUGCCAACCCACCCGCGGGAGGGGGUCAGCGUGCGGUCAGCGUGUGCGGGAGCCGCCCUGGUGACGGGCUGGGCCCAUGGGAUGGAGCUCAGCCUUGCGGGCUGGGGGUUCUUGUCACCCACGUCGGAAGUGGGGGGGUGGAUUUGUGACUCGGAGCGCGUGUCACUGGCCCCGAGGCCUCUUAACCAGCAGGCCACACCCCCCGAGGAGCUCACCCACGUCCUGUGCUCGUGGGGACAUAGGAAGUGGGCAGAUAGCUUCCCCACAGAGGUCACGGGAAGAAAGGAGAUCUGUGUACAGAUGCAGGUACACACACGUGCAAAUGUGUCCACGUGUGUGCUCCGAACACUCAUGUAUAUUGUGUGUCCUUGUCUGUUACCCAUCUGUGCUUUUCCCUCUGUGUGCGGAACCCCACAGACACCAGAGUCCCCGUGGCCGCGCAGUUCCCCGGGGUGAAAGGGUGUAGUGUUUGCGUCGUCCCGUGUACUUUAUUCUAUUUUUUUUAAGAUUGAUUGAUUUAUCUGAGAGGCAGAGGCAGAGAGGUCUGCCACCCGCUGGUUCACCCCGGAGAUGGGGCCACUGGGCCAUCUUCCACUGCUUUCCCAGGCACGGUAGCAGAGAGCUGGAUCGGAAGUGGAGCGGCCGGGACAUGAACUGGCGCCCAUACGGGAUGCUGGCACCGCAGGCAGUGGCUUUACCCGCUGUGCCACGGCGCCGGCCCCGUCCCAUCCACUUUAAAUCAUCUGUCUGUGACUUAAUGUAAGUGCUGUGUAGGUCCUGGCCUCCCUGUCCGUGUUUAGUACUCAUGCGGCUGUUGCUGAGUAUUUUUGACCUGCAGUUGGUUGGUCUGGGUGUGGAAUCCACCGGUCUGGAGGGUGGACUGUGUAUACAUUCAUCCUAGGGUUCUUGAAAAAGCUUGUCGGGGGGCACAGCGUGUUAAAACCCUGGCUGCAGCGCCGGCAUCCCAUGUGGGCGCCAGUUCUAGUCCCGGCUGCUCCUCUUCCCAUCCAGCUCUCUGCUAUGCCCUGGAAAAGCAGCAGAAGAGGGCCCAAGUGCUUGGGCCCCUGCACCCGCGUGGGAGACCUGGAAGAAGCUCCUGGCUCCUGGCUUCUGAUUGGCCCAGCUCUGGCCGUUGUGGCCAUUUAGGGAGUGAACCAGCGGAUAGAAGACUUCUCUCUCUCUCUCCCUGUUUCUACCUCUCUCUGUAACUCUCUUUCAAAUAAAGAAAAGAAAUCUUUAAAAAGCUUGUGGGAAAUGGAAUUGAAAGAUAAGUUAGGGGUGGGAGUUUGGCACAGCAGUGACGACACUGCCUGGGACACCAGCGUGCUUGGAAGACACCAAGCACGCUGGAAUAAAAGUUAUUCAUUUAUUUGAAAGGCACAGAGAGGUCUUCCAUCUGCUGGUUUACUCCCCCAUUGGCCGCAACAGCCAGAGCUGUGCCAGUCUGGAGCCAGGAGCUUAUUCCAGGUCUCCCACACUGGUGCAGGGGCCCAAGGACCUGGGCCAUCCUCCACUGCUUUUCCAGGCCACAGCAGAGAGCUGGACUGGAAGAGGAGCAGCCGGGACUAGAACCAGCACCCACAUGGGAUGCUGUCACUGCAGGUAGAGGCUUAACCUGCUGUGCCACCGCGCAGUAAAUCAUUAAAUAAAUAAAAGGAAGACUGCCAUGCCUGGCCCCCAGCCAGGUGCCCUCGUGGGCUUGGUGGUCUGGACCCCAGCUGCCCACCUUCCUCUGCACUGUCCCUUGUCGUUCUGGGACACAGGCCAGGUUCACACGGCCCAGAGUUCCCCAUGGAUGCCCGCGGGGCUCCUGGGAGCCACGGGGCUCUUUGUGCCUCCCCGCUUGUGUCUGGGAACACAGACAGGCUGGGAGCACCCCUGGCUCCCUGAAGGACGCGGGACAGGAACUCCACCGUCCCCCUGAGCCGCCAACGCGCUCUCCACACACGGUCUCCACGCGCGCUUUCCCACAGCGUCUCUGCACACGGGGUCUCCACAUGUGGUCUCCACAUGCGCUCCCUGCACGGGGUCUCCGCGCACGCCCUCUCCACAGGGGUCUCCCCACACAGGGUCUCCACACGAGGUCUCUGCACGCGCUCUCCCCACACAGGGUCUCCACACGGGGUUUCCGCACGCGCUCUCCCCACACGGGGUCUCCACACACAGGGUCUCCACACGGGGUCUCCACACACAGGGUCUCCACACGAAGUCUCUGCACACGCCCUCUCCACAUGGGGUCUCCCGCGGUCUCCCCAUGUGCUCUCCCCACGCGCUCUUCGCACGCAGUCUCCGCACGGGGUCUCCACACGUGGUCUCCCCACACGGGGUCUCCCCACACGGGGUCUCCACACGUGGUCUCCACACGGGGUCUCCCCACACGGGGUCUCCACACGUGGUCUCCACACGGGGUCUCCCCACACGGGGUCUCCACACGUGGUCUCCACACGGGGUCUCCCCACACGGGGUCUCCACACGUGGUCUCCACACGGGGUCUCCCCACACGGGGUCUCCACACGGGGUCUCUGCGCACGCGCUCUCCACACACGGGGGUCUCCGCACGCGCUCUCCCCACACGGGGUCUCCGCACGUGCUCUCCACACGGGGUCUCCACACGCGGUCUCCCCACACAGGGUCUCCACACGGGGUCUCCGCACGCGCUCUCCCCACACGGGGUCUCCGCACGCGCUCUCCACACGGGGUCUCCACACGCGGUCUCCCCACACAGGGUCUCCACACGGGGUCUCCGCACGCGCUCUCCACACGGGGUCUCCGCACGCGCUCUCCACACGGGGUUUCCGCAUGUGGUCUCCCCACACAGGGUCUCCACACGGGGUCUCCGCACGCGGUCUCCCCACACGGGGUCUCCCCACACGGGGUUUCCGCACGCGCUCUCCCCACACGGGGUCUCCGCACGCGCUCUCCACACGCCACCCCUCCCCGUGCCCCGUCCCCAGCAGGCAGGGAUUCGGGGUUGGAGCGGAGAGAACGCAUUCUGGGUGUGGAAGAAGGAAUCUGCCGGACAGCCAGCACCCAAGGCGGGCUGUGAGCCCGUCCCAGGUCAGCCCGCGCGGCCGGCCUGCCUCCCACCUGCGCGGGACGCCGUCAGCAUGACCCGAGCCUGUGCUGUAGCAAAGCACUGAGCAGCCCAGGGCCCUGCGGCAGGAGGCUCCCCGGGUGACCGGGCUGGGCUCGCGGCCACUGCCCGGCGUCCUUACGGGGUCCUCGCCCUUUCAGGGCCACGUGCUGCCCGAGGACAGCGCCGGGGAGACAGGGUUGCCGGCAUCCAGUCUCGGCUGUGGCUGGAGAGAGAGGUGGGGCUGGCUUGUGCCCUUGUCCUCCAGGUGAUGCCAGCUUCCUAACCCCCAAGUGGUGACCCGGGGCGCGCUGCGGGGAGGAGGUGAGCGCAGGAGCCUCUGGAAUCUUGGGUCGUCUCCUGUUCACCCCUGCACGCACGCCUGUCCUGGCCACCAGGGGGCUCCCUUCCCCGGCUCCGCGGAGUUGGCUUAGCUGCCCAGAGAAGGAAGCUGGGGGAGCCCGGGUCCCCUGCUAGGAUGUGGUGCCCGUGAGGGAGGAGAACGUGGGUGGCCUGGGGUGGGGCGGGGAGUGAGACGCCAGCAGCCUGGGCGCCUUCCCCCGUGCUGAGCGGAAGACGUCUCGUCCCGGGUGGGACCCUGGGGAGGGGACAGCAGCGCUGACAGCGUCGGGCGCCCCAGUGAGAGAGCUGGGGCUCGCUCGGACGCCGGGGAGGCAGGCGUUGGGGGUGAGAGAGGAGAUUCUGGGCAGAGGACCCUGCGGUUUGGAGCCUGGGGCGCUGGGCAGGGGGCAGAGGCAGAGGGAGCCCAGAAGUGGGAGUCAGGACUUGACAAACGCCUGCCGAGACACCGGGACGCUCCUGCAUCGCUGUCCCGGUGGUGGGUGCUGAGCACGGGCCAGAGGGGACCUGCACGCGCCAGGGUGUGCGUCUGGCCCUGUCCCGUGGAAUAAGGCUCCCCGUUCUUUCAGGGUAACCGUGCAGAGGGGAAGGCUCGGCCUCAGAGGCCAGGGGCUGUGCUAACUGGCCAAGGGAGGCCCCUGGGGGAGCAGUAGCCCUGCACACCUCGCCCAGGGCCGGGUUCAACAGCGCCCAGUCCCACGCCCCAGGGCCCGUGGGCUCCUAGACUGAGAACCACAGGAACCCCGCCCUGCCCCACCCCCUCUUCCCGGGUCCUCUGGGGCGCCCGUCUGUUGUUUUCCCGGGAAGGCUGGGCAAGCCCUAGUGGCUCCUCCCUCCUUCCUGCCAUCAGCGCCCUUGCCAAACAGCGAGGUCUCCCAAGCAGGCGUCUGCCUCUCUGGGUCUGUUCCAGGCGAGGGACCGCCCACUCAGCCCGUGUUUGGGAGCCCAGGUCCGCCCUCCCUCUGGGACCUGACCCUGCCCCCCCCCCCAGGCCCUGUCAGACCCCAGCCCACGCUGACCGUUGGUGUCCUGAUGGCUACAGUGACUCAGAGCCAGGGUCUGCCGAAGCCCCAGGCCUUUCACUGAGCCCCCAGAGGCCCUGGGAGCUGCCGGCAGGGGGAGCCCCGAGGAAGGCUGGCAGCUCUGACUCAUGACUCGGACAUUUAAGGGAAUGGGUGAGAGGGAGCAGGCACAGAAGUGCAGACGUGGGCUGUGGGGCCGAUGGCUUGGUAGCGCGCAGUGCAGAGAAUGCUCUGUGCAAAUCUCAGACCAGGGUCAAAGACCAGGCGUUCCUGGAGCAGGCUGAAGACCAGUGUGGGAACUGGAGUUGGGGCUGCAAUCCGGGCUUCUGGUGGGUCGCUGGAUUUGUGGCAGAAUCUGUGCUUUUUGAAAAAAAAAAUUUAUUCUACUUAUUUGAAAGGCAGGGUUACACAGAGAGACGGAGGGGGGUGGGAGUCGUCCAUCCUGGGCCGGGCUGAAGCCAGGAGCUCCAUCCUAGGCUCCCACGUGGGUGCAGGGGCCCAAGCACUUGGGUCACCUGCUGCUGCCUUCCUGGGUGCUUCAGCAGGGAGCUGGAUCGGAAGUGGAGCAGCCGGGGUCUCCACACGUGGUCUCCGCAUGCGCUCCCCGCAUGGGGUCUCCGCGCACGCCCUCUCCACAGGGGUCUCUGCACGCGCUCCCCGGGCUUCUACGGGGUGCCAGCGUCGCCAGCAGCUGCUUUACCUGCUGCCACAUGGCACCAGCCCUAUCAGACCCCACCCCGUCCACCUCCUUUUUUUUUUUUUAAGAUUUAUUUGAGAGGCAGAGUUACAGACAGAGAGAGAGAAGGACAGAGAGAGAGGUCUUCCAUCCACUGGUUCACUCCCCAAAUGGCCGCCAUGACCAGAGCUGGGUCUGUCGGGAGCCAGAAGCUUCUUCCAGGUCUCCCAUGCAGGUGCAGGGCCCCAAGCACUUGGGCCAUCUUCCACUGCUUUCCCAGGCCACAGCAGAGAGCUGGAUUGGAAGUGGAGCAGCUGGGAUUUGAACCGGUGCCUAUGUUAGAUGCCGGCACUGCAGGCGGCAGCUCUUCCCGCUCCACCACAGCGCCGGCCCCCAGACUCCUUCUCUGUGCCCUGCUUCUCCAGUGCCUUGCCGUUGUACACAGUCCUGUGGAGCUGGAGCCAGAGGGCAACUGGACCGGCCAGCUGCGAGAGGCGCUGGCCCCGCGGGGGCCCAGCGAGGGACCACCAUGUCGCCGCUGAGUCCACGGCACGGGCGUUGGUUGGCAUCGAUCCAGCUCUGUGCUCAUGCUCCUGGGAAAGCAGCAGAAGACGGCCCGAGUGCUUGGGCCCCCGCACCCACGUGGGAGACCCGGAUGGCGCUCCAGGCUCCUGCCUCUGGCCUGGCCCAGCCCUGGCUGUUGCAAUCAUUUGGGGAGUGAACCAGCGGAUGGAAGACCUCUCUGUCUUUCUCUCUCCCUCUGUCUCUAACUGUGCCUUUCAAAUAAAUAAGUAAGUCUUCAAAGAAAGAAAGAAAGAAAGAAAGAAAGAAAGAAAGAAAGAAAGAAAGGGAACUUGCCACAGCUCACGUAAAAACCAGGGACCCUCCGAGUAGGGCUGUCGCUGGGAGAGCUGCAAGGGCUUGUGGGAGGCAGGAAGAGGGGGAAGGGGCCAGAGCCUGGGUCUGUGGGACGCCAGGUCUGAAUCCCAGGCUCCCACGUGCCAUCCUCCAGCCGAGACCCAGGGCGGCGACUCCGGAGCAGGCGGCACCCGGGCGCCCGGCCUUCCUCCACCUGAGUGGGCGGGACCUCACGGCAUGAAGGGGGAGCCGACGGCCCUGCCGAGGGCACGAGGCUGAGGCCAGGCAGGUGGCAGGGGACAGGGCUGGGCCAGGCGCCUCCACUUCCUCCUCCUCCCCUUCCGAGACCGGGAAAGGGGAGCGCCUCCAGUUGAAAGUCCAGCAGGUGCAAGAACCAGGCCCGGGACUCCUGGGUCCCUCAGCACAGUGGAGACAUGGCCAGGGCUGGCGGGGGCCUCGGGGCCUGGGGGCCCCUCAUGCUGCUGGUCCUGUGCAGCCGGACAUGGGACAGGGCGGCCGCCCUCGGCCCAGUGAGAAACCUGACGGUGGGGGCUCAGACCAACAACUCCAUCACCCUGGUCUGGGAGGCCCCCGAGGGCCCCGACUCCCAGGACCUCACCUACUGGGUGCAGUGCACGGGAGAUGGUGGCAGCACCGAGACCCAGAACACAACAAGCACCAGCGCCACGGUGGGCGGACUGGACGCGGCCACUCCCUAUGCGUGUUCCGUGUGGGCAGAACAGGAUGGGGCCAGCGGCACCAAGGAGGACCUCACCGUGAGCACAGCCCCCAAUGCAGUGAGAAACCUGACGGUGGGGGCUCGGACCAACAGCUCCCUCACCCUGGUCUGGGAGGCCCCCGAGGGCCCCGACUCCCAGGACCUCACCUACUGGGUACAGUGCACGGGAGAUGGUGGCAGCACCGAGACCCAGAACACAACAAGCACCAGCGCCACGGUGGACGGGCUGGACGCGGCCACUCCCUAUGCGUGUUCCGUGUGGGCAGAACAGGAUGGGGCCAGCGGCACCAAGGAGGACCUCACCGUGAGCACAGCCCCCAAUGCAGUAAGAAACCUGACGGUGGGGGCUCAGACCAACAACUCCAUCACCCUGGUCUGGGAGGCCCCCGAGGGCCCCGACUCCCAGGACCUCACCUACUGGGUGCAGUGCACGGGAGAUGGUGGCAGCACCGAGACCCAGAACACAACAAGCACCAGCGCCACGGUGGGCGGGCUGGACGCGGCCACUCCCUAUGCGUGUUCCGUGUGGGCAGAACAGGAUGGGGCCAGCAGCACCAAGGAGGACCUCACCGUGAGCACAGCCCCCAAUGCAGUGAGAAACCUGACGGUGGGGGCUCGGACCAACAGCUCCCUCACCCUGGUCUGGGAGGCCCCCGAGGGCCCCGACUCCCAGGACCUCACCUACUGGGUGCAGUGCACGGGAGAUGGUGGCAGCACCGAGACCCAGAACACAACAAGCACCAGCGCCACGGUGGGCGGGCUGGACGCGGCCACUCCCUAUGCGUGUUCCGUGUGGGCAGAACAGGAUGGGGCCAGCAGCACCAAGGAGGACCUCACCGUGAGCACAGCCCCCAAUGCAGUGAGAAACCUGACGGUGGGGGCUCGGACCAACAGCUCCCUCACCCUGGUCUGGGAGGCACCCGAGGGCCCCGACUCCCAGGACCUCACCUACUGGGUGCAGUGCACGGGAGAUGGUGGCAGCACCGAGACCCAGAACACAACAAGCACCAGCGCCACGGUGGACGGGCUGGACGCUGGAUCCACGUAUGAAUUGCGUGUGUGGGUCAAGCAGAACGGGGUCAGCAGCUCCCAGGAGACUAGGAACGUGAGCACAGGUGAGCAGCAGCGCGUCCCGUCCUCUUAGGGGCAGUGGUAGCCGAGGGAGGGCCGAGGAGCGGCCGGGAACCUGCGGUGGUCCAGUACUCGUCCUGGGGGCCACGUCGCGCCCGACACCCCCUGGGAUCCUACGAGGAAACCGCCCCGUGCCCAAGCAGCCUCAGCCGGAGAUGAGGGAGGGUUGUCUUCAGCCCCCAGCCCCGCCCUGGGGCUGGCUGGGGUGCAGGGCGCUCCGGGACCGGUGUGCGUGGACAUAGGGGCCAGGGCGUGCGACCAGGAGUGGCCCCUGUGAUGGAGACGGUCCGACUCUGCCCGGUUCUCUCCUCCGUCUGCGUCACGUGCGGCGGGUUCCGCUCCUGCCCCUGGGGUGGACAGCCCCCGAUCGCCGUGUCCCGUGGGGCGCGCUGGCCUCGUGUGCCUGUUAAAAUUCGAGCUGGAUGAAGCUGCGCGCUGAGCCCCGCAUCCGCUGUGCUCAGGAGCCCUGUGGAAGGCUGCCUGCCCGUCUCCCUCCCGCCCUCCGCUGGGCUUGUGCCGGCCGGGGCGGGGGGGGGGGGCACCGGGAGAUGGCGUCCGUCAGCACAGAGAGGGCUCUUGGGCCCUUCCAUGGUGAGGGCCCCACCCGUGACCCGGUCCCCUCGCCGAGACCUCCUCUCUCAGGGCUGUUGUGCAGGAUUAGAGUUCAUCUCGCAAAUGUGGGACAAACGUAAGGUCAGGCCUUGCUGGACCUCAGAGCAC